AUGCGUUCUUCAGCGACUCUCCUCCGCAGCCUCCGCGGCCCCAGCCGCCUUCUUCCCCGGACGCCGGCAGUGCGAACAACUCCUUUGCCUAUUCAGUCCCCAUUGUCGCCCAUUAGACCCUCCAGACCGAGCACGAACAUAUUCGCUGCCUCGAGGCGAUAUCAGUCAUCAUCAUCAGACUCCGGUUCCACGCCUCUGACCGACAGCGUCCCUUCCGCAGAGACUGAUGCUGCCAAUGCGGAGCAGAACGCAGCGCGCCGCUCGCAAGAGCCUGCAUAUCGGAUCACAUUCACCUGCAAGCCGUGUGGGCACCGCUCGUCGCAUCAGAUGUCCAAGCAUGGCUACCAUAAGGGCACGGUUCUGAUCCGCUGCCCGAACUGUCUCAACCGGCACGUUAUCAGCGAUCAUCUCGGGAUCUUCAUGGACCAGAAGAGCACCCUGGAGGAUAUCCUGAAGCGCAAGGGCAUGACGCUGACGAAGGGCUAUCUUGAAGGCGACAUGGAGUUCUGGGAAGAUGGGUUGGUCUACAAGACUGGAACGGGCGACCAGCUCCCCGAGGCUAGCGAGAAGAGCUCCUCGUAA